UCAGAUCGCAUGUGCUCCACAUUCCCUUCUGAAUCUGAAGCGAAGCUCCGCCUCUGACCAUCGCAAAUCUGUGUGAGAGAGAGAUGAGCAGGAGCAGAAAGCCGUCCUGAUAAGUGAGGUCCAGAAGCGUCCCAGUCCAGUUGAGUGUCGGUUCGAUGAUGGCCGCGGCUGUGGAGAGAGGAGGGGUCCGGGCCGCCUUCAUGAGCCCGGGUGUCGGUGCCCCCGCUCCCGCACCCGCACCCGCGGCGCCCGGGGGAUCAGCCAUGGCCGGAGCUCUGGGCUCGGGCUCGGGUGCGGCGGGUUCGGCUCCCAUCAUGCCCGUCCCCAUGAAUUUGUUUGCAACGUGGGAGAUUGACCGCUCAUCUCCGAGCUGUGUUCCGAGGUUGUGCAGUCUGACCCUGAAGAAGUUGAUCGUUCUGAAAGAGUUGGACCGCGAGCUCAGUUCUGUCGUCAUCGCUGUCAAGAUACAGGGCUCGAAACGCAUCCUGAGGUCGAAUGAGUACAUGCUCCCCCCCAGCGGGCUGAUGGAGACAGACCUGGAGCUCACCUUCUCCCUGCAGUACCCACAUUUCCUGAAGAGAGAUGCCAACCGGCUGCAGAUCAUGCUUCAGAGGAGGAAACGCUAUAAAAACAGAACUAUUCUGGGCUACAAGACGCUGGCUGUUGGCGUUAUUAAUAUGGCUGAGGUGAUGCAGCACCCGACAGAUGGAGGCCAGAUUUUAGGACUCCACAGUAACGUGAAGGAAGCACCGGUGCGUGCAGCAGAGCUAAGUGUUUAUUCACUGUCCAGUCAACCCAUCGACCCGGAGGACGGCAGUGGGCAGCCAGAGACCAAGGCCAAAGCUUCAGACCGUUCUCCAGAUAUGGAUAACUAUUCUGAAGAUGACGAUGAUAGUUACUCAUCAGAGCAGGAGGCGAGCGAUGACGCUGUGCAAGGCCAGGAUCUUUAUGAUGAGGAUGAUGAUGUUCAGCGGAAGCCCAAAAAAUCUCGAAGGAAAAUGAUUAGAACUACAUCUAUGACCCGGCAACCCAAUUUCAAGCAGAAGUUUGUUGCUCUCCUGAAGAGAUUCAAAGUAUCUGAUGAGGUAUUGGACUCGGAUCCGGUUGAUCAGACGCAGGAGGUUGAAGAUCUGGAUCUCCUGUAUGACAGUCUGGAGGUCUACAACCAGAGCGACAGCGGCCCAGAGAUGGAGGACAACGAGAGUCUUCUCAGCACUCCCAAACCCAAACUAAAGCCGUUCUUUGAGGGAAUGUCUCACUCCAGCUCACAGACGGAGAUCGGCAGUUUGCACAGUCAGAAGAGCCAACCGAGAGAGCCGCCCUCCACUACUGGUGAUCUGUUAACAGUGGACAAGAACAGAGCAGUGUGUGGACGAUAUCCGGAUGACCCGACAGUGUUGGACUCCGCCGCCGCGGAGCCGGCGGAGGACGAGGCGACAUGUGACGCCAACAUGAGCUGGGACGCCGGCGCAGAGAAACUAGCAGGAACGGUGGGCAAACUCUGCAAGACCGAGUCGCAGACACUCAUGUCGCCUAGUAAAGCAGAGGCUAAGCUCCAGCGGCGUCCGCGCAGCACGUCCAUGAAGGACAGGCAGAACUCUAAAGCUCAGAGCGACCGCACCAGCAGCAUCGAGAGCGAAACCUCGCCAGACUCCAGACUCAUCACACAGGUUUGUGUCCCGAGGAAAUCAGUGUACGAUCAGCUCAAUCAGAUCCUGAACUCUGACGAACAUCUGCCAGAGAAUAUCAUCCUUAUUAACACUACAGACUGGCAGGGGCAGUAUUUGAAUGAGAUUCUUCAGGAGCACAAGCAGCCUAUUGUGUCUACCGUUUCCCCCGCAGACGUUCAGGCCGCCUUCAACACCAUCGUCACCAGGAUUCAACGAUUCUGCAACUGUAAUGCACAAACACCACCAACCAUUAAAGUGGCAGUGGCGGGCGAUCAGAGUUACCUCAGCACGGUCCUCCGCUGCUUUGUGGAGCAACUCGCCAACAAGACGCCUGAUUGGUUGAGCUACAUUCGUUUCCUGAUCAUUCCUGUCGGUUGUCAUCCACUGGCCAAAUACAUCUCAACAUUUGACAGUAAGUUCUGUAACAUCUUCAUGGACGCAGGAUGGCGGGACAUUUUCGGGAGGUUAGAAGCUCCCACUUCAGAUAAUAUUGAUGUGGCCGGACGCGUCUCACAGUAUCUGGCUGGAGCGAAUCUCUCCCACCAGUUCCCUAUUUCUGAAGCCAUGCUUACCUAUAAACAGAAAAGGAAGAGAAGUUUGUAUUUUGAUUUUUACAUCAGCCCUGACGAAGACUCCUGCCAGAAGUUCGUCCCGUUCAUUGGGUUGGUGAAAGUGGGAAUUGUGGAGCACAGCUUAUCCACAUCAGUGGACUCUGAUGAUGCAGUGAUGGUGGGCAGUGUGAACAUGCUCUCGUCUCCUCCGGCGCAGACGGGAACGGCGUACGGGAAGGACAUGGCCUGCACCCCCCCCUCAUCCCCCUCUGUGUCUGCUGGUCUCUCUGGAGCAGGUUCUCCAGGCACCGGUGGGGAGGUGAUGGGUCUUCAGGUGGACUACUGGACGCUACAGGGCGCAGAGAAGAAGAAAGAGGGCGAGAAGAGGGACGUGGGGAUUAAGAACACGCUGAAGAGUAACUUCCGCUCGCUGCAGGUUUCCCGAAUCCCCACCGGAGGCGAGCCGACACCCCCUCCCGGCAUGGCCAUGACCGUCGUCAUGAAGGAGAAGAACAAGAAAGUGAUCUUCCUGAGCAAGAAGCUGAAGGAGAAGGACGUGGACUCUAAGAGUCAGGUGAUCGACAGCAUCAGCAGGCUCAUCUGCACGGCCAAACACCAGCACACCAUGCUGAAGGUGUCGAUCGACGGCGUGGAGUGGCACGACGUGAAGUUCUUCCAGCUGGCGGCGCAGUGGCCGACUCACGUCAAGCUCUUCCCUGUGGGGAUCUUCGGAUACAGCAAGGCUGUGUGAACGAGGGGAGCAAACAGACAAAUGGAUUUUCCUGUGGAAAUGGUCAAUUUGAAAGCCUGUGUCCUUGACAGAAAUGUUGUUAGUGAUGUUACUUGUCAUUUUUGUUGCUUUGGCAGUGAAAGGAACAUUGGUGUGUUUGAAACAAACGCUGUGUGUUACGUGCAGAUAAGCAGCACAUGUUGUGGUAGGAAUCGCACCGGCAGCUUCUGUUAGCACUUUGUUGGGUUAUAGUUUGAUAUUAUUUCUGUGAAAUUAUCUGUGUUGAUAAUUGUUCUAUGUACAAUAUUAUAGGGUGGGAUUUAUGAAGUGAGCUUGUAUUCCUUAAGUUUGUUUGUGUUGAGUUUGUUAAUGGAGUGUUAAUAUUUACAAGUGGGAGAAGAUGUUAAGGGAAUAGUUCGCCCCAAAAAGUUAUGUUUUUUGUUCAACUUUAAAAGUCACAUGACAGAUUUGUGUGAGGAACAGAUCUA